AUGUCGGAUAUGCUGGAGGCACCACCAGGCACAUUUUCACAUACAGGGGGCCACAGCACGGAUGUCUUUCUCACUGCGAUCCUUCUCCCCAUUUUCUCCAUCCCUAUUGUCGUGGUGCGGCUUUGGACAAGUAAAUUUAUUGUCAGGAGAUGGCACCCAGAUGAUAAGGCUCGUCUUGGUGCUGGCGAUCAUCUCUUCAAUUUUUCUCCAUCAAAUUUGGAGCUGCUCCUUAAUGUAGGCAGAUGGGUUGGUGUCCCGCUUUACAACUUGACUACGGUCUUUAUCAAAGCGAGCAUUCUUAUGUUCUACCAGCGAUUCACCGCAAACCGUGCUCUCAAGAUCACUACCUACGCCGUUCUCGCGGUAGUCGUAGCGUACAGCUUGGUGAACAUCAUCGCCAGCUUUGCGCUAGAUUGCUCUGAUCCAGAAAAGUGUGAUCGGCUCUUUGUGGCCUACAUCGUCUGCGCGGCGCUGAAUGUGGCGACCGAUGUCGCAAUUCUACUACUUCCCUCAACUUUGUGCAAGUGCAAGAAGGGUGGUGGCAACAGCGAUGACGACGACGACGACGACGACGACUGUAGCCCUGCCGGCACCCUGACAGCCCCAUCGAUCCUCGCCGGACUUGUCGUUCUGGUCUCUUAUUCUUUCUAUAAAAAU